AUGUGCACCACCAAAGUCUUUGUCACUGUCCACCAGGACGGACACCGCUCGACCACCUCGCAGGUCUUGCUGUGCCCGGCGUCGCGCCGCAACCGUCCCUGCGCCGACCACACCGUGGUGCAGCAGCCGGCAUCGCGAGACCAGCUGCCUCAUGCGCCGGCCGCACCCGCAAUCUCGUUUCCCCCGACGCCCGAGUACUCUCCGCGACCGUCCUCCAACUAUUCUCCUCGUCCGUCCAACUACUCUCCUCGUCCCUCGAGCCGCGGCUCUGCCGACCCUCACUCGUCGUCUCGUCACUCGUCCCGCCACUCGUCCACAUCGUCCUCGCGGCGACGCGAGCCGGGCAUCUACGUCAACGGCCAGCGCAUGGUCAAUGCAUACAGCAGCAGCAGUCGUCCAGAGCGCGUCAUGCUGGUGCCGCACCCGCCUACGCCGCGCACGCCGCCGCAGAGCAACAGCAUGCCGCGCACGGCACCCUCGUCGCCCUCUGCCAACCUCGCCAUCCCCUACAGCAGCUCCCCCCGCCAGCACUACAACCAGCCAUACCUCGUGGACGAGCGUCAGCGCGGAUUGCAUCAUCAUCAUCACGUUGCGGUCCAGCCGGCCUCGCCCGUCAGCAGCUCCUCGCGACACUCGCGCCAGACAUCGGCCAGCUCGCAGGGCAGUCGUCGCUCCUUCUCUUCUGCUGCGGAUGACGAGGAGCGUCGCCGGCGGAGGGAUGAGCGUGGCGAGCGUCGCAGCUCGCGCAAGACGGAUGAGCUCCGCGACCGCAUCAAGCAUGCAAACGACGAAAUUGCCAACCGUCCCGCUGUGCGUACCGUCGAUGAGCAGCAGCCGCAGCCGCAGUCGCAGCAGCCUGUGACGGAGCGUCGCAGCCGUCGAGAUGGGCACGAGGAAUUAGGCGGCGUCAUGAGCCGUCUGAAUGUCGAGGACAAAAACUGGAGGCAACGCAGAGCAUACGAAAAGGCUGCGAUGCUAGAGCAGGAGGAGAUUGAGGCGCAGAAUCAGCGUAUGCGGGAGCGCACCGUGCCACAGCGUCGCGCGACGGUAGGGCCUGGAAGCCGUCGUCACCGCAUCGCCUAUGAUGACGGUCUCUACCGCUGGGAGUAG